AUGGGCAACAAGAAUGUUGAAAAUUCAUUGUCUAAUGAUGAUUAUGUUAUGAAAGAAAAUAUUGGCAAUAAUUAUAGCCAAUUGGAUAAUGAAAUGUUGCUCAAGAGGAAGUUUGAUAAAGUUGAAGUUCAAUCAAUAACAGAGGAGGAAAAAAUCAAGGAAUCUGAAAAUCCUAACAAGAAAUCAAAGGUGUCAAGAGAUCAUGGACCAAAAAAUAAGAAGAAUAGCCAACCAAAAGCCAAAAAGAACCAAAAGAACAUUCAAAUGAACACUGAAGAAGUUGGAGACAAAGAGACUAAUAAUAAUGGACAAAGCACAAGCUGUUGCAGUUCUGAGGAUGAUUCAAAUUUAAAAACCAAAACAAGGGCCAGUAGAGGAGCUGCAACAGAUCCACAAAGCCUUUAUGCAAGGAAAAGAAGAGAAAGAAUCAAUGAAAGAUUGAGAAUCUUGCAAGGUCUUGUCCCUAAUGGCACAAAGGUUGACUUAAGCACAAUGCUUGAAGAAGCAGUCCAUUAUGUGAAGUUUUUGCAGACACAAAUUAAGUUACUGAGCUCAGAUGAUAUGUGGAUGUAUGCACCAAUUGCUUAUAAUGGAAUGGGACUUGACCUCUAAUUAAUUUAUGAAUUUGGAAGCAAUAAACAAAUGUCAUUUUGUUUUUAAUUAUUGUGAUAUAAGACAUUAAUGUCCCCAUAU